AUGAACCAGAUCCGGCAGAUCCAGACCCUCAACAAGCGCGAGCUCGAGGCCGGCAUCUACGACCCGGCGGCCUCCUGGCACGCUGACUACCGGGACACGGCCUUUGUCAACUUUGGCGGGCUGCCCUACAACCUCACCGAGGGCGACAUCCUCGCCAUUUUCAGCCAGUACGGCGAGCCGGUAUGGCUGAAGCUGGCGCGCGACAAGGAGACGGGCAAGAGCAAAGGUUUCGGCUGGCUCAAGUACGAGGACCAGCGGAGCUGCGAUCUCGCCGUCGACAACCUGGGGGGCGCCGAGAUUGCGGGGAGGCUCGUCAGGGUCGACCAUGCUAGGUAUAAGGCCAGGGAUGAUGAGGAUGACAGUGAGUUCAGGGUCGGCUGGGACGACCUGCGGAAGAAGGAACGCAGGGAUAAGGGCGAGAAGAGCGAAAGCGAGACGGAAGAGGAGGAGGAACAGGUGGUCAGGAGACCUAUGAUCAAGGAGGAGAGAGAGUUGCAGAAAUUGAUUGCUGAACACGACGAGGACGAUCCCAUGAAGGCCUUCUUGAUCGAGGAGAAGAGGAGGGAAGUCGACGAGGGACUGAGGAGAGAGGAGAAGAAGGACAAGAAGCAUAAGCACAAACACCAUCACAGAAGUCAUCGUUCGCGCAGGGAUGAGGAAGAUGGGCACGAUGACCGCGGCAAGAAGAGGUCACGUCGCGAUGAGACGCCCGUGGCCCACGAGCGCCGAAGGGGCGCGACACCAGAUGCCAGAGAGCGCGACGGGCACCAAAAGCGCGACCGCAGGCAUCGUGACGAUGAUCACAACGGUGAACGACAAAGAGACCGGCGGCGGCACCAUGAUGAUGAGGAUCAUGAGCGCGAAAGACGUCGAGACAAGGAUCGGAGACGAGAAGGCGAGGGCAGUGCUGACCACGAAAGUCGCCGGGAUCGUCGCCGGGAACGAGAUGGUGACAAUGAUAGAGACCGCAGAAGUUAUCGGAGAAGUAGAUCGCCGCGCCAGCGUGGUGACAGGUGA